ACUAAAUGACAACAAUAUCGACUUACCAUUGCGAUCAGCCUAGUUUCUUCAAAGACACGCAGUCAUGUUAAAUAGAAGUUUAUUAUUACAGAGCUUUCGCCUCAACCCUUCUGUCCGGGCUUGGUGUAACACAGCAUGUAUACGAUCAAUCACAACUCAAUCCCGACCAUCACUAGCUAUUCUAGACGACUACCUAGACAUAGCCAAACCCCACUUCACCCACAUACCCUCAUCCCAACUCUCCAUUACCACCUUCCACGAUACCCUCCCCGCCUUCAACCACCCCCACACCACCCCCACCAACAAACAGGCUCUCAUCGAUCGUCUGAAACCCUUCACCAUCAUCUCAUGCAUGCGAGAACGCACUCCAUUCCCAGGCGACCUCCUUCGCGCCCUCCCUAACCUUAAGCUCCUACUCGCCACAGGAACACAGUUCGAAACCUUCGACCUGAAAACGGCUUCGCACCUCGGCAUCCGAGUCGCGGCGGCGCCGGGCCGGGGCCUCACAGAUGGGAGGCUCUCGGCCCGCCCGCCGCGCCCGAGGCUCGAUAUCAAGAAAGGAGGAAACCACCCGACGACGCAGCACGCAUGGGCGCUGAUCCUGGCGCUCGCGCGUAAUGUCGCGGCUGAUGACGCGGCGAUGAAGGGGCCGGCGAAGGGGUGGCAGUCGCGGCUUGCGCUCGGGUUGACGGGCGCGACGCUAGGCGUGGUGGGGCUGGGCCGGUUAGGGGCCGCCGUGGCGCGGGUCGCGAGUCUGGCGUGGGGUAUGCGGGUGUUAUGCUGGAGCGAGAACCUGACGCAGGAGAAAGCGGACCGGAAGGCUGAGGAGGUCGGGGUUCCGGUUUACGGCGGGUACGCGCUCGAGCCGGAGGCUCCGACUUUUCGGGCCGUGGGGAAGGCGGAGUUGUUUCGCGCGGCGGAUGUGGUGAGUUUGCAUUACGUGCUUAGUGAGCGGUCGCGUGGGAUUGUGGGGAGGAGGGAGUUGACGUGGAUGAGGGGUGAGGCGAUACUGGUUAAUACGUCGAGGGGGGCGUUGGUUGAUGAUGUUGCGUUGUUUGAGGCGUUGGAGAGUGGGAGGAUACGCGGUGCGGCGUUGGAUGUUUUUGAUGUUGAGCCCUUGCCGGUUGAGAGUCCUUGGAGGUCGACAAAAUGGGGGACCCAGGGGAGAAGUAAUUUGGUUAUUACGCCUCAUAUGGGGUAUGUGGAAGAGGGCAUCAUGCAUACUUGGUAUGAAGAGACGGCUGAGAAUUUGGAGCGCUGGCUUCGAGGAGAUUCCCUGCUUCAUAGUCUUAAUUAGACAGACUUUUCGGCAUUGUGAGUUUCUAGGUCUAGGGUUAUUUUCAAUUCAUCACGGUGUCAAUUGACAUUUAUACCAUUC